AUGGAGGAAGUGAAAGCGCAGAUCAAAGAAUUGCUGCUGCUGUUGCUCAGACAAACCUGGGGAAACAAUACAACUUUACACUGUGCUGAUAUAGAACCAGGUGAAAUUACUGAACAAAAAAUAGCAAUGAUUGACUAUGAGAGAAAUGCAGGACAGAAGUGUUGAAUUUAAACAACGACGUAGGCUGAACUAUUUGAAAACGAAAUCGAGAAACAAAUCUGAAUCAAAUUAAGAGGAAAUCGGCUACAAAAUUGUCAUUACAGUAACCCUUGACCCUGAUGUACUACAAAAAUGGGUUGUCACACCACAAGAAUUAAAAUAAUGCAAAAAAUAUGUACCCGUUUUUCGCGAAUGACCUUCUAAGAAGUAUAUUACUUGUCCCGACGACAAAAGAAGUGUUAUAGGCUUUAUCUUUGUAAUAUUUGACACGGAAACAAGCUGUGGAGACAGCCAGCUGAAAUCAUUCAAUUAGUAGCCAAAACAAAGACAGGAACGUCAUUUUUCACAUUUAUAACGCCGACAAAAGAAAUUUUUUGAUGCUCCUCAUGUUAACAAGUUCAAAGUAUCUUGGGUUGCAGGGAAUAAGUGUCUGUACCGUGGAGGCAACAUUUUGCAAACAGUUCCUUUUCACGAUGUCUUCGAUUAUCUAUUGAUUUCCUUGCAGAUUCAAAGGGUUCUUGUUACAAAACCGUUCUGCACAUAUACUGUUAAGAACAAUUGAAGACUACACACUAGAGCUUCUUCAGACAUUGAAGGAAUUAAAAAUUCAUUUGCUGAUAGUCUUAUCCUGUUCGACAACUUGAUAAAAGAAAAGCACGCGGGGCUAAAACAAUAUGACGGAUCCUUCGUAAUUAUACAUCAAGAAGUGCUUUACAAACACCUAUUCGGUAUUGAAUUUCAGGGUCAUCAUGCGCUCGAAGAUGUAAAGGCAAAAAGCAAAUUUCUGUUUAGGUCCUCACUGCAGUUACAUUUGUAUCUCUCCAAAAUUGCAAACAAAAGUGGCACAACCGACAUUAACUCAGCCAUCCCAGAUAUGAACUUUGACUGAAGUCACACUCUUUUUAAGUCAUUUGAUGGAAUAAUAGCGGAUCCCUCGGGUGGCAGAAUAAUGAAGAAGUCUAAAGCCAAAAAAUUUGCUGAUUCUGGACUCCGUUUUCACCACCUUAACAGCCUGUUCGACACCCAAGGAGAAGAAGGACUUCUUACAAAAUUAGCGAAUCUACCAACAAAAAGCAUUCGUGUUUGUGGAAGUACAGACCCGUUGACAUUACAUGUAAUAAUUAUUCUACUGUUGAAAAUUGUGCGCCAAUAGUGUGCAUACAUACUUCGUAGUAUAUUUUCACCUUUUUGCUUUAUUGUAUUUCAAGUUGAUGGCAACGUUGGUUGCUAAAUAAUUAGCUCAUGAUCUCCGAUACGUUCAAGGAAGUCAUGAAGUGAACCGUUAUAACUGAUGAGAUAUUUGGGUUUCUUAAUCGAUAUCGUGGAAAUAAUCUUAAAUGUCAAUCACUUUAUUAUAAAAUAGGUUAGGUUUCAUGUGUGUUGUGGCGAGUCAAAGGGAGAAGAUCAUACUAUCAAAACCAGCUUGUUCUGUCAAAAAUAUCUGUGAGUGAGUGAGUUGCAAAAACCGUGACUUCGGGGUUCGUUAUUGUGAAUAAAGCUACAUCAAGUGAAUUGUCAUAGAUUUCUAUGAAUAAGGGGGCCCAGAUUCCCGACCAAGUGGCACCUCCGACGGGACCAGAUAAACUGCAGGGAAUUGAAAUACAGUGAAACUACUUCAGUCUUAAAGCAUGAAAGAGGCAAUGUCAACUUUCGACGCAAAGCUCAAUCCACUUCAGUUCACCCGCGGAAGAACGAAGGAAAAAAUACAAAAGCGGGAGGCAUGACAGAAUUGAAAGGCAAGUGAAUGUGUUGAAGGAGUUGUCGUGUGAGAUUGAUAGCUUAAGAAGAACAAUAGAAGGGAAGAAGUUUGCCACGAAAGAAGAGGUCCAAGAAAUAGAGAAAUGGAGUGAUGAAGUUGAAGCAAAAAUAAGUGAAGCGGACGAUGAUGUUUUACACCUGGGAAAGUGGAUUGAAAAACUUAAGUGGGAAGAUAGCCAGAAGCUCCGAGAACGAGAGCUGGAAUAUGAGUGGACGCUCUUCAAAACUUGGUUGAAAUUCCAAAGUGAGUUGUAUGCAGCAAAAUUCCAAGACCAUCAAGGGGGUAUGGCGGAGAACUGUCGCAUAAAUUCAGCGACUGGCUUAAAAGCGAAGUUGCCG